AUGGAAAACCUCGAUGACUUUGUGGAAUUUUAUGAGUAUUCACGAAAACACCGAGCAUCAGGGCCUAGAUGUUAUUUACGUGACUUUUCAAAUCCCUUUGAAAAAUAUAGCGUUGCUGAAUUUCAUUCCCGAUUUGGGUUCACUCAAAAUUCUGUUAAAAAUAUUCUAAUGCCUUUAUUAGAGCCUGAUCUAAAAGCCACCUCCAGGAGGGGAUUGCCUUUUCCUCCUGAAAUCAUGGUUUUAUUAACAUUACGAUAUUUCGCAACUGGUAGUUUUCAGAAACUUGAUAGCAAUGAUAUGAAUAUUUGCCAACAGUCAAUGUCCCGUAUAGUCACUAGAGUUGCAAAUGCUUUAGCAAAGAAAAUGAAAAAAUUUGUUAAAUUUCCCUCAAGAUUUGAAGAUGUUAAUAAAGUAAAACGCAUGUUUUACAAUAUUGCUAAUUUUCCUGGAGUAAUUGGGUGUAUAGACUGUACACAUAUUAAAAUAAAAAACCCUGGUGGAUUAUCUUCAGAGGUUUUUAGAAAUAGCACAGGUUAUUUCUCAAUCAAUGUGCAGGCAGUAAUAGGACCAAGUUUGGAAUUCUACAAUAUGGUUUCCCGAUGGCCUGGAAGCACUCAUGAUAGUUUUAUUUAUAACCACAGUGCUCUUAAGCAACAACUUGAUUCAGGGAACAUUCAGGGUGUUUUACUUGGUGACAAUGACUAUUCUGUAAGCAAUGUCCUACUUACACCAUUUCUGUCACCAAAUUCACAUGCACAAGAAAAAUACAAUCAGAGUCACAACAUGACAAGAAAUGUUGUGGAAAGGGCAUUUGAUGUCUGGAAAAAAAAGUUUCCAUGCCUCCAAGAGGGCAUGGCAAUUAAAAUUGAAACUGUGGUUGCUGUUGUUUGUGCAUGUGCAACACUACAUAAUAUUUCUUUGCAAUUAUGUGAAACAUUAAAUAGUGAUGAGGAAUUAGUUGAUUUGGAUUUGUCACAAGAAAAUAAUAACUCUGGCUCAUUGUUUAGACAAACACUUGUGGACAAAUAUUUUGAGUAA